CUACAGUAACGAUAGUACAUAGCAGUCACCACCUUCCGUGGAUUCCAGAAGUUCCAGUUCCGAAAAGAGAAGGCUAGGGCUGGGCUGGGCGGCGGCGACGGCGACGACGAUGGCGAUGGCGACGACGGCGACCAAGGCGCUGCAUGGUGGCGCCGCCGCGGCGCGCAAGAUCCUCGCCGCCGGUUCCCCGAGGCUCCACCCCUCCGCCUCUUCGCCUCCGACCACCCCGCAGGUGAUUUCUCGUGGCUUUUCCUCUUUUCGAGCUGAGGAGUAUGUCAAGAUGGAAGAUUUGGCGAGGAUGAACAACAGGAUUCAGUUGCUGGAAACCUCUCUUGAAACUCAGAAAGCAGUAACACGGGCUGAGAUGCUCAAAAUGAAAGCGGAAGUGCUGGAGCAUGAUAUGAUCAUGCUCCGCAGUGUCGGCCUGGGUGCUGGCCUGGGUGUCGGCCUCGCGUUGUUGACUUUCAUUGCCUGGGUCAAGAUCAAGUACUGAGGAGGUUAGCGUGGUAUUGUCGGCAAGAGAUUCAAAUGUUACCUGUGCCAGGGUACUUUUGUUAGAUGUGUGUCUGAAGUACUUGAUGAGACAUUGACGUAGCUAAUGGCAAUUUGGUGGAAAUCAUGAUAAAUUUUCUGGUUAUGGUAUAUUCCAUGAGUUUUCUGGUUUAUACUUUCCUAUUUUCCCAAGAUCUCUGUGCA